GGGAGGAGCGGCGCGAUGGGGAGCCGCACGCCCGCGCCCCCGCUCCGCGCCGCGCCGCUCGGGGGCCCCCGGCGCCCCCCGCCGCUGCUGCCGCUGCUGCUGCUGCUGCUGCCGCCCCGGGCCGGGGGCUUCAACCUGGACGCCGAGGCCCCGGCGGUGCUGGCCGGGCCCCCCGGCUCCUUCUUCGGCUUCGCCGUGGAGUUCUACCGGCCCGGCGCCGACGGGGUCAGCGUGCUGGUGGGAGCGCCCAAGGCCAACACGAGCCAGCCGGGCGUGCUGCAGGGGGGCGCUGUCUACCUCUGUCCCUGGGGCACCAGCCCGGCACAGUGCACCCCCAUUGAAUUUGACAGCAAAGGCUCCCGCAUCCUGGAGUCCUCGCUGUCCAGCUCCGAGGGGGAGGAGCCGGUGGAGUACAAGUCCCUGCAGUGGUUCGGGGCAACGGUUCGAGCCCAUGGCUCCUCCAUCUUGGCCUGUGCUCCGCUGUACAGCUGGCGCACGGAGAAGGACCCGCUGAACGACCCGGUGGGCACCUGCUACCUCUCCACGGACAACUUCACCCGCAUCCUGGAGUAUGCGCCUUGCCGCUCAGAUUUCAGCUGGGCAGCAGGACAGGGCUACUGCCAAGGGGGCUUCAGCGCUGAGUUCACCAAGACUGGGCGUGUGGUUCUGGGAGGCCCAGGAAGCUAUUUCUGGCAAGGCCAGAUCCUGUCCGCCACCCAGGAGCAGAUUGCAGACUCCUACUACCCCGAGUACCUGAUCAACCUGGUGCAGGGGCAGCUGCAGACUCGCCAGGCCAGUUCCAUCUAUGAUGACAGCUACCUGGGAUACUCUGUGGCCGUGGGCGAAUUCAGUGGCGAUGACACAGAAGACUUUGUGGCCGGGGUGCCCAAAGGGAACCUCACUUACGGUUAUGUCACCAUCCUUAAUGGCUCAGACAUCCGAUCCCUCUACAACUUCUCAGGGGAACAGAUGGCCUCCUACUUUGGCUAUGCAGUGGCUGCCACGGACGUCAAUGGGGACGGGCUGGAUGACUUGCUGGUGGGGGCACCCCUGCUCAUGGCGCGGACAGCCGACGGGCGGCCGCAGGAGGUCGGCAGAGUCUACAUCUACCUGCAGCACCCGGCGGGCAUGGAGCCCACACCCACCCUCACCCUCACUGGCCAUGAUGAGUUUGGCCGUUUUGGCAGCUCCUUGACCCCCCUGGGGGACCUAGACCAGGAUGGCUACAAUGAUGUGGCCAUCGGGGCUCCCUUUGGAGGGGAGACCCAGCAGGGAGUUGUGUUUGUGUUCCCCGGGAGCCCCGGAGGGCUGGGCUCUAAGCCUUCCCAGGUCCUGCUGCCCCUGUGGGCCCCUGGCCACAGCCCCGACUUCUUUGGCUCUGCCCUUCGAGGAGGCCGCGACUUGGACGGCAACGGAUAUCCUGAUCUGAUUGUGGGGUCCUUUGGCGUGGAUAAGGCUGUGAUGUACAGGGGUCGCCCCAUCGUGUCUGCCAGUGCCUCCCUCACCAUCUUCCCAGCCAUGUUCAACCCAGAGGAGCGCAGCUGCAGUUUGGAGGGGAACCCCGUGGCCUGCAUCAACCUCAGUUUCUGCCUCAACGCUUCUGGAAAACACGUUCCUGACUCCAUUGGCUUCACGGUGGAGCUGCAGUUGGACUGGCAGAAGCAGAAAGGUGGGGUACGGCGGGCACUGUUCCUGGCCUCCAGACAGCCCACCCUGAUCCAGACCCUGCUCAUCCAGAAUGGGGCCCGGGAGGACUGCAGAGAGAUGAAGAUCUACCUCAGGAACGAGUCAGAGUUCCGGGACAAACUCUCCCCGAUUCACAUCGCCCUCAACUUCUCCCUGGACCCCCAAGCUCCCGUGGACAGCCACGGCCUCCAGCCAGUCCUACAUUACCAGAGCAAGAGCCGCAUAGAGGACAAGGCUCAGAUCCUGCUGGACUGUGGCGAGGACAACAUCUGCGUGCCGGACCUGCAGCUGGAAGUGUUUGGGGAGCAGAACCGCGUGUACCUAGGUGACAAGAAUUCCCUGAACCUAACUUUCCACGCCCAGAACGUGGGUGAGGGCGGCGCCUACGAGGCUGAGCUUCGAGUGACAGCUCCUCCAGAGGCUGAGUACUCGGGGCUCGUCAGACAUCCAGGGAAUUUCUCCAGCCUGAGCUGUGACUACUUUGCCGUGAACCAGAGCCGCCUGCUGGUGUGUGACCUGGGCAACCCCAUGAAGGCAGGAGCCAAUCUCUGGGGUGGCCUUCGGUUCACAGUCCCUCAUCUCCGGGACUCCAAGAAAACCAUCCAGUUUGACUUCCAGAUCCUCAGCAAGAAUCUCAACAAUUCGCAGAGUGACGUGGUUUCCUUCCGGCUCUCAGUGGAGGCUCAGGCCCAGGUCUCCCUCAACGGUGUCUCCAAGCCUGAGGCAGUGCUGUUCCCCGUGAGCGACUGGCAUCCCCGAGACCAGCCCCAGGAGGAGGGGGACGUGGGCCCUGCCGUCCACCAUGUCUACGAGCUCAUCAACCAGGGCCCUAGCUCCAUCAGCCGGGGCGUGCUGAAGCUCAGCUGCCCCCUCGCCCUGGAAGACCAGCAGCUCCUCUACGUGACCAGGGUCACGGGGCUCAGCAACUGCACCGCCAGCCACCCCCCCAACCUGCAGGGUCUGAAGUUGGAUCCAGAGGCUUCUCAGCACCACCAGCUGCAACGCCGGGAGGCUCCGCACCGGGGCCCUGCCCCCGCCGGGCCCAAGAUCCUGAAAUGCCCGGAAGCCAAGUGUUUCACGCUGCGCUGUGAGCUGGGGCCGCUGCACCGGCAGGAAAGCCGCAGUCUGCAACUGCAUUUUCGAGUCUGGGCCAAAACCUUCCUGCAUCGAGAGCACCAGACGUUUAACCUGCAGUGUGAAGCUGUGUAUGAGGCCCUGAAGAUGCCCUACCGAAUCCUGCCGCGGCAGCUUCCUCGAAAGGAACUUCAGGUGGCCACGGCUGUGCAGUGGAUCAAGGCAGAGGGCAGCCAGGGUGUCCCGCUGUGGAUCAUUAUCCUAGCCGUCCUCUUCGGUCUCCUGCUCCUCGGUCUGCUCAUCUACAUUCUCUACAAGCUCGGAUUCUUCAAACGCUCCCUCCCAUACGGCACCGCCAUGGAAAAAGCUCAGCUCAAGCCUCCAGCCACCUCUGAUGCCUGACUCCUCCCAAUCCCAGAAUCCCAGUCCUGAAGGCCCAGUCCCCCACACCCUCAGUCUACUGAAAGGGAGGGGGCUGGGUGCUUCCUGAAGGUGCUGAGGGCCAGGGAGAAAUUUCUCCCCAGCCCAGAGACAUACUUGAAGGGCCAGAGCCGGGGAGGUGAGGAGCUGGGGACCCCUCCCCCCAUGCACUGUGAAGGACCCUUGUUUACACAUGCCCUCCUCAUGAAUGGGGGAACUCAGAUCCAGGGACAGAGGCCACAGCCUCCUGCAGCCUUUGCAUUUUGGAGAGAGUUUCCUAAAAACAACUUGGAACCAUAACUGGGAAAUCCAGCCCCAGUUCUCUGGGCCAGAUGUGUCACCGGGACUUCCUGUUCAGCUCCAGCCUGCAAAGAUUUGUCCCUAGCCUUGCCAGAGAUCCACACAAAGCCCCUAGCGAAGAACCUGAACCCUGGGGAGUGAGAUCUGGCAGCUCUGGACAGCCCCCACCCUGGCGGGCCAACAAGGAACACUAACGACGGACGGUGCCCCACGCCGAGCUCAGGAGAGAAUCCCCAACAAGGAUCGAUGCUGGCCCAGAACCAACUCGAAGGGGAACCAGAACUCUAAUGGGGCCAGACUGAACCUGGGACCUACGAGUGAACCCCCAGAUGCAAACUUUGUAACUUAACCAGCCGUGUCCAGGACUACAUUGAGUUUGCUCCAGAAGACCUGGGCCUGGAGGCCCAACCCACACCUGACUCGGGAGGAAUCAGAAAUUGCCCAGGACCCUGAAGAGACCAUGAUGGCAACAUUUCUGGAACCUCAGCCUGGCCAGACACAGGCCCUCCCAGUUCCCUGGAGUAAGGGGAGUGCUCUGUCCCGGGCCUGCAGGAUUUAGGUUCUGCCCACCAGCUGCACUGAUGCUGCCCCUCCUCUUCCUGUCCACCCCUCCCCUCACCUCAGCUCGGGACACCCGGGACUUAUUUAAACUCUGUUGCAAGUGCAAUAAACCCGGCCCGGCGCCCCUACUGACCAGAGCUGGAAUCUGUGUCUUAUCCCACUCUUUUUUUCCCCAAGAUUUAUUUAUUUAUUUAUGCACACAAGAACUGGGGUACAGGCCAGAGGUGCGGGGGUGAGCAGAUUCACCAGAGACAGAGUGGGGAUCAGAACAGGCAGAACAACCAAAGUACACUGCUGAGGGGAGCAAUGGGCCAGACAGGUGAGGUCUGCUGUGCCAUGCAGAUAGCUCUCUGGCCAGGGACCUAACGUGUGCUGCAGAGGCUGCGGACAGCUUCACGGUGCUGUGCUUAACCCUUGCGCCACCAGGGAGGCCCUUAUCCCACUCUUUAAACCCAUCCUGAAACCACAUGGCGUGGUGGAUUGGAAAUGGCUUUCUCACAGCUUCUUCCCACCGGGAGCCAGGAGUAUGACCCCCCAGGAUCAGUGUUUGCAUUCCCUUCUGCUCAGUGAUAGAGCCCCUGGAGGAGAGAAGGGGGACUUGCCUACUGCGAGCCUGUCACCCGGCCCCCACCCAACACCUUCGGGGCAGGGAAAGGAAUCCCUUCUCUGCAGACUUGAGGAUUAGGCAAGAAUAAGGAAAGGGAGGUCCAAGUAGGAGGCGCUGGUCCGGAAGGCUGCUCUGGCUUUCCCUAAGUCAGGAUAAUGGACGAUGUCCCAGUGGUGACACCACAGAACUAAGUCAGGAGAAAGUCAGGUUUUGUUUUGCUUUUGUUGCAUCUUGUAUGCGGGUGGCAGAAGGGGUGUUAAAUGCUUUCCGUGGUUCUCUCAUUGAAUGUCGCUCAGCAAUCCUGUGAAAUAGGCGCUGUCAACCACCACCAAGAGGGGAAAUUAAGGCCCGGGGGGUGGUAACUCUCCCGAGGUCACGUGGUGACUGCCCAGCCUUGACUGUGAAAGUUCUCGUUCUUAAACCACACGCCAUAGGGUUUGGGUCUUUGGUGAGAAAUAAAGGCGAAGAGGCCCCUAGAGUCGCCUCCACAGCUGCCCUUGCCUGCAGCCAGAGGAAGGAGGAGGUUGUGGGAGCU